CAACAAGGUCGACGCCAACCUGAAGGAGCAAUUGGUGUUCAUCGAGGGCACCGCGUCCCCCAGUUCCAUCGUCUCCGCCAUUCAGGCUACGGGGCGUGAUGCCAUUCUACGGGGCAGCGGCACCUCCAACAGUACGUGUGUGCUCGCCGUUGCGUACCCGGUCUCUCAAGGCUGACGGAAACCAGGCUCCGCCGUGUGCAUCCUUGAAACCCAUUCGAGCGCCGUGUCCAACAAGAUCCGCGGACUGGCGCGCAUGGUCCAGGUGUCCUCCACCAUGACCCUGGUCGACCUGACGAUUAACGGACUCGCACCCGGCAAGUACUACGCCACCGUGCGCGAGGCAGGCGAUAUCUCGCAGGGAGCGGCGUCGACGGGGGGCAUCUGGGAGGCCGUGAAGGCCCAUGUGCUGGGCUCGGAGCCGACGAAGGAGCCCCGCGGGACUUUCGGGGCGGUCGAGGUGGACGCGCAGGGCCAGGGCAAUGUGUUUCUGGAUCGGCCGGUGGCGGUGUGGGAGAUGAUUGGGCGCAGUAUGGUGGUGUCGAAGCACAAGGAGGGUCCGUUCCAGCGGGAGGACCCCGAUACUCUGGUCGGAGUGAUUGCGCGCAGCGCGGGGGUGUGGGACAAUGACAAGAUGGUGUGCUCCUGCUCGGGCAAGAAUGUAUGGCAGGAGCGGCAGGAGCAGGUGGCCCAGGGGAUGGUGUAGAUGGUGGCUGUGGUUGGAGGAGCCGGGCCGUGUCUAUGUAUAGCAAUGUUAGAAUGUGCCGAGGGGAGGGGGAUACCCACGCGAUAGAGAUCCCUGGCGAUAGGAAAUACGAGAACAUGACUGACGAGGGGCUCUUUUCGGGACCAGCUGGGGUGGAAGGAUCGACUCCGGGCAGGUCAUAAAUAGCAUCAGGGCGAGGAGACAUCACGAUGAUCAAGCAAGACCCCGGACUCACCUG